CCUUAAGACCCAAAACCCCAAGUUUCUUAUGGUAUCCAAAAACACGAACCCGGCUGAGGGAUUCUACUUGGAGCCGUCCGGAAUGGCUCUACCAGGACUCGGACCAUUCGCCACGACCACUGCAACUACGACCACGACCGCGACAACGGCGUCGACCACCGCUUCGUCGGAGGAUCUGAGUAAGAAGAUCCGAAAACCCUACACAAUAACCAAGUCCAGGGAGAGCUGGACCGAGCCCGAGCACGACAAGUUUCUCGAAGCUCUCCAACUCUUUGACCGUGACUGGAAAAAGAUUGAAGCAUUUGUUGGGUCUAAGUCAGUUAUACAGAUACGUAGUCAUGCACAAAAGUACUUUAUGAAGGUUCAGAAGAGCGGGACGAGUGAACAUUUACCUCCACCCCGGCCAAAAAGGAAAGCUGCUCAUCCAUAUCCUCAGAAGGCUUCAAAAAAUGCUCCAGUGCUCUUACAAGUGUCGGGAUCUUUUCAAACCUCAUCUGCUCUGCUUGAAUCUGGAUAUGUGUUAAGGCCUGAUUCCUCAUCAAUGCUUGGGAGUCCUGUAACUACUGCUGCCAUGCCAUCCUGGACGAACAACAGUAUGCAGAACCCUAAUAUAUCGCAUGGGACAAAAGGGCCAACAGCGACAAAUAACUGUUGUAGUAGCACUGAAAGCACUCCAAGAACACGACCUGUUGCUGAAACAACUGAUAAAGGAAAACAUAGCCAUUCAUUGAGAGUUCUGCCUGACUUUGCUCAAGUAUACAGUUUCAUUGGCAGUGUCUUUGAUCCAAACGCUAGUGGUCAUCUGCUGAGGCUAAGAAAGAUGGACCCUAUAGAUGUUGAAACGGUGCUACUGUUAAUGAGAAACCUGUCAAUCAAUCUGACCAGCCCCGAUUUCGAGGACCAUAGGAAGUUGCUGUCAUCGUAUGAGAUUGAAACAGACACAACUGAUUAUGGUGAUGCAGACAAAACCUUGUAUAGUGAGCAGUCCAAGACUGUUGCUUAGCUUGGGCAGAAGAGUUUUGUUACUUACGGUGUUGGCUUGUGCACAACCACCCAUCGUGAUGGUGCCAGAGGAAAGUGCGACAUUGUGACUCUUGAUAAUCUGCUGCACUGGUUUGCCUAUAGUGAGGUCUUUGGCUACAGAUUUUUGUGUUAUGUAUAUAUGUUAACAAGGAAAAAUAAAAGGAAUACAUAGUGCGGGAAUGUAUAGUUGUUGAAGUUGUUUUCUGAAGGCCGAUCCUGUAUAGUGUACUAAGUGUAGGUCUUCUUGUUGUCAAGUUUUGCUUUUGAUUAAUCUACUGAUAAUGCGCAAGGCGCAAUACCUAGCUAGUGUAUGCCAGUGUAAUCAAAUUAUCAAUCCUAUCUGGAAGCUAUUUAUUCUUGAUUUACUUCGUAUAAUAAUAUUUGGUUCUUCAUUGCUA